GCAGCCGCCCGGUGCCGGCCCCGACCUCGUCCCGCCGAUAUGAAUUAUUCACGGUUCAUCACGACUGUGAGCGCAGCAAGAAAGGAAUCUCCAAUAAGACUUCUGACUGAACUGAUGCAAAGGUCUCCUCCAUCUCUCAUCUCUCUGGCUGGAGGGGCACCAAACCCUAAUGUUUUUCCCUUUAAGAAGGCUACUGUUGCCAUUGGACAUGGAAAUGUUGUUGAGAUUGGGGAAGAUUUGAUGAAGAGGGCUCUUCAGUACUCCGCCUCAGCAGGGAUUCCAGAACUGUUGUCUUGGCUAAAGAACUUUCAGAGAAAUAUACACAAUCCUCCAACAGCCAACUAUAGUCCUGAGCAAGGACAAAUGGAAGUGUGUGUCACAACUGGCAGCCAGGAAGGCUUGUGCAAAGUAUUUGAAAUGCUCAUUAAUCCUGGAGAUAACAUCCUUUUGGAUGCACCUACAUAUGCUGGGACACUAGCAGCUCUGAGACCUUUGGGUUGUAACAUUAUUAAUGUUCCUAGUGACCAACAUGGCAUUAUUCCAAAAGCUCUAAAAGAAGUUCUAUCUGCUUGGAGUCCAGAAGAUAUAAAAAAUCGUUGUCACAGUCUCCCCAAAUUUCUAUACACAAUUCCAAAUGGCUGCAACCCAACUGGCAACUCUCUGACUGCAGAGCGCAAGAAGGAGAUUUACCAGCUUGCAAGAAAAUAUGAUUUCCUUAUAAUAGAAGAUGAUCCUUACUACUUUCUUCAGUUUGAAAAGCCAUGGGCUCCAACUUUCCUCUCAAUGGAUUUGGAUGGCCGAGUUAUCAGGACUGACUCUUUCUCUAAAAUUCUCUCAUCUGGGUUGAGAAUAGGUUUUCUGACAGGUCCCAAGCCUCUUAUUGACAGAGUUAUUCUACACAUUCAGGUUUCAACAAUGCACACCAGCACUUUCACACAGAUUAUGAUAUCACAGCUUCUUCAGCAAUGGGGAGAAAAGGGCUUUUUGGAGCAUAUAGACAGAGUUGUGGAGUUCUACAGGACCCAGCGGGAUGCAAUGCUCAUUGCCGCUGACAAGUGGUUAAAAGGCUUGGCAGAAUGGUAUCCUCCUGCUGCUGGCAUGUUCUUAUGGAUCAAAAUUAAGGGAGUUUCUGAUACAGAGCAGCUGAUCAUGGAAAAAGCCUUGCAGAAAGAAGUGUUACUUGUUCCUGGAAGAGCAUUCAAUAUCAAUAGUUCAGAGCCUAGUUCUUAUGUCAGAGCUUCCUUCUCUCUAUCUUCUCCAGCCCAGAUGGAUCUGGCUUUCAGGAGACUGGCUGACCUUAUAAAAGAAGCUUGAUGGAAAAGCUGAACAGAGCUCAUACAGCAGUCAAAAAUAUCUCCAGAAAAUAUUUGUUAACACUUGUAUUUCAUCAGAAUACUUUAAAAACAAGCACAACACUGUGGCUGUUUCCUUAGAUUCCUUCGGAUUGCUUUUCAUUUUCAUUUUUAUUUCUAUUUUUUUAGCUGAAACAAUUUGCCUUUUUUUGACAGGACUUUACAUUACUAAAUUUAUUCCAGUUCAAAAACAUUUUGCAUAGUUAAGAACAAAAUGUUCUGUUCUUGUUUCCUGUCAAAUCCAUAGUAUUGUUAGAUUUUAUUUGUUGUUUGUUUGUUUUCACUUUUGUUUUCUGUUUGGGUUGGGAAGCAGGGAAAUCAGUUACUUAAGAAGUUACACCUGAGGUGGUCUUAAGCAUUAUUUCUUAAUCCUAGCUGAUACAUUCCUGCAACACCUUAAGUUGGAAUUGUUUUUGUGUGCUGCUUUCCUUCUUGGCUUGCUGUAUAGUAUCUGGUUUUGAAGAUUUGAAGAUCAAUUAUUUACUUUUACUAAAGUUUGGUCAGAUAAAAAUGAUGUAAGGAUGUUUUAAAUUUGAAACUGACAAAAUCAGGAUAUAAGUAAAACAACUUUACCUAAUGAUUCUGCAGCUCAAGCCACAUCUCUAGGUUUCCCUCCAAUCCUCACAGCAAGCUGGUGCUGUGGCUGAAGCCAGCCCCAGCACUGAGUCCCUUGCGGUGGCACGGCACCAGGGGGAGUCUGCAGUCCCAAAGCUGCUCCCAGGGCACCAACACCAUCUUUGAAGUUGCAAAUCUUUCAAGAUGAAUCUCUCCAUUUUUACAGUUUUUGAUGGUGCUAAUGGAGGUCCAAACUAACAGUGUCCUCUCUACAGUGCUGCUUAACAGCGAGUUUUUAGCUUUCAACUCAGUCUCCUAACCACAUGUAGCGAUGUUGAAAGCUCAGACUUUUCUAUCAUCAAUAAAACGUUUUUUAUCUCACAUUCAAUUUAGAAAAUCAUUUUAUACAACAGAAUGAGCUGACGUGUCUAUUUAAUUAAAAUAAUAUAGUUAUUGUAUUUUACAGAGGAAUAAAUGGGAAUGUCAUUUAAGACUGAUUAGAGCUCUCAGGCAAAUACUACUGCCAUUGUUAAGUCAGACCUGAAUUAGAAAAAUGUAAUCAAAAUAUCAUUAAUAAGCAAGCCUUAUAUUGGUGAUGUGUUGAAUAAUACUCUUCAACUUUCAGAGCUCUAAAUGAUUAUCUAGUUGAAUGUAAGGAAAAUGCAAUCCCAUUUGCUGCGCAUCAGAUGUUUUUACUAUCAGCUAAUUUAAUUUGGAGAGAGCUUGGUUUUCUUUCCCUGACUGUGGUGAACCAUCUAAAAUUAAAUUAAUAUCCUGAACAAUGCAAAGUGAACAAUGGUAGUAAAAUCUUAUAUGCACAUGCUGUUUAACUGAACCUCAUACUACAGUUCCUGGUCUCCCGGGACACAGGAUUCACUGAGAUUAAAUGCUCCUGAAGGAAGGCAUUUAGAUACAAAAGGAAAAUGCCAGGCAGCAGAUUCACAUGGAAAUGAUCAGGUAAUGAAGGUUUUGUUAGUGCUCUUUUUCCCUUUAUAUUUCAGCCCUCCAAAAGCAAAUAGCCACUUUUAUUCAUAGCUGGAUUUAGAGAUCUGAUGCAAGUAGCACAAUCUACUGUUGGGGAAGAGAGGACACAAGGGGAAAGGAGAAGGCUCCAUUUUGUAAGCACAUCUCUGGUGCUACCGAGGUAGGGGCAGCAAUGGCUGUGGAAGGGAUUGCAACAACGCUACAGAGAGCAGCCUGAGGUGCUCAGCUCCGAGCAGGCUGGAGCUCCAGGCACUUUUCUGAGUGGAAAAUUGUUUGCACUUGCUGUCGUACCUACACUUCUGUUCCAUUGCAUUUUCAGACCUUUGGUAGACAAUGCCUAGAAAUUCUGGACAACUAGCCACUAUACAUGACCCCAGUGAUUGUACAAGGACUGUGAACUUCAGCACGUUCUGUACAUACCACGUGUGCACAUGCUGUUGCACACAUACAGACUCACUGCGUGGCAUGUUACACUUUUGCUGUGGGAGUUGUACAGGUAUAGCAAGGGGGUGCAGUUUUUCUCAGCAAGGAUGGAAAUAUUAACUUUGAUAACUCCAACAUAGUUCCCAAAUUUCUGUGUAAAUUAGAUGUGCAAAUUUUACGUCCACAGAGGUCAUUGAUCAGCAGGAAAAUACACGCGUCUACUUCAAAAUGAGAGCCUCCCAGCAUAAGUCUGAUUAAUGAAUAAUUGGGGGACUGAGGGAAAACUUAUGGGGAAUUCAUGAGAAGAGAGAAUCUAUAUCCAUACACAGUUAUGACAAUUCUUACGCUAAACUGUGAGCAUACAGAGAAUUAUUUCAUCCUACCGAAUACAUCCAUGAGUAUCAGCGGUGGUAUGCAGGAAUUUACAGAGGACGUGUUGUGGAAAACAUUUGCCUUAGUUUGGGGGGAUUGUCCCAUAAAUUCUGAACAUAAAUUUCAUUUUAAACUUUAUUCUUCAAUAAUGGUUUGCUCUGAGUAGAACCUUGUAUUUUAAAACCUUGUGGCCUAUAGAUCUGCAGUACUUUCAGUUCUGCCUGUGCAGUCCAUAUUCUGAUACACUGGAGUAAAUAUUUAAAAGGGCUCCACUGAGCUGUGGUGGUUCAUGUCCUGAUCUGCCCUAUUUGCUUUAUUAUUUAAUACCAGUUUUCAAGCAGCCCACUGUAGGCUAUGUCUUAGGUGGGAAGAGAAUGAUUGCAGCGCUUGAACUGUAAUCAUUCUGAGUGAAAAGCACCCUGCGAAUACAAAGAAACAUACAUUUUCAUUCUUCUAACGUUGCUAUUAGGAAUGCCAGUACCUCACUUUUCUCAUAACAGCAGCUGUGGAGGCUUUUGUGUCACCCUGCAAAGCUCAUAUAUCACUUUAUGAGGAAGGAUAAGGAUCUUGCUGAUUCUUUUUGAGAAUGAGUAUCCCAGAGAUGUGUUAACAAAUCUGACUGGUGCUAAAAGAUUCCCUGCUAGCUAUACAGAGUUUGGAAAAUACAUUCAAAAUUAUAUUUUGUUUUACUUUCAAUUUAAAUAAUAUCUGGAUUGAUAGAGCAAAUGAAUAGGCCAAUGUGACCUGGAAAAAAAUAACAUGAAGUUAUUUCAGUUUUUGACUUACCUAGAACUUUGAACUUUAUCUUUCGCUGUAUUUGGCUAAUAAUGAACUUUGAACAUAAAAGGUUUAAGAGAGGAUUUUCCUGCACUUUCCUCCAAAAAAACAGGCACUAACAGAUGUACAAUAACAUUGGCCUGGCCCAGGAUUUUCAUUCCUGGAUACUGAAUGCUGCAAUUUCCAUCUACAUCCAGCUUGAGACACCAGCCCUAAAACCUUUGUAGUGUCCAGGUACAUUAGCAGAUAGGAAAUGUGAUCUUUUCAGUGCGUAUCACCACUCCUGUAACCACUAAGGACUUGAUGGAGCACGUGUGUGCUUCACAAUUCUGGAAUAACCACCAGAAGGUGCAUCAGCAUUUGGCACAGCAUCAGCAGAGUCACUGAAGCACAAUGCUUGACAUUUGUGGGUCCUCUUAUACAUGUCUCCUGAAAACAUCUCCCUGAUUUGUGCCAUUUUAAGAACUGGUCCUGUAGUGUUUUCAUUUCAAGUUUUUUUGAAGCACAGGUCAAGAAAUGAAAAAACAAAAACAAUCAAAAAAAAUACAUUAACAGUAAUUAUGAGGGAAAAUUAUGUUAUUAGUAUUUACAAACUUUUUAAACUGGCUUAUUUACUAGAUCUUGCUCUGGGAAUCCAUCUGUACUAAUGUCAGUUUAUGAAGGCAACAAUGUACAUAUCUGCAUCUGAAUUAUUCACAUCAGUCAAUGAGAUUCAUCAUUUUUAUAGCUGAGGUUUAAAACUGGUCAGAUGAAUUUCUAAGGGUCCUUUUUCCUUCUAUUGAUCCUAAAGGGAGCUUACAGUGACUCACUUCAUUACAGAGAUCUAUAUUUUAGCUAUCAAAAACUCUGUGCAAAGGACCACAUCUUCCAUUGCUCUUUUCAUGAGAUCAAAUUUUUGUUGUUCUUACACAGGGGAUCUCCUGUUAGAGAGUGCAUUAAUGACAGCCUAAGGGAAGGCUUUGGAAAUUAUUAAAGCAUUUUGUUUCCUUGGUUAAUGAAAGCAGAUAAAAAAUAGUGGAUUUGGUGGUAAUACAACUAACUCACCAACAUUUCUGUUAGUGGAAGCUGACAUACUGGUAUGUCUGUUAUUUUUCUGUCUGGCUAAAUGUUGCUCCAGAGUAGUAGCCAAGAAAUACUCUACAAUAUGCAGAUAGCUGUGGUUCUCAGCACUGUGUGUUUUCUUCUCCUGGCUAUAACUCUAUCCCAGUCACAUUGUUAAGCCCGUACAUACAGUCAUCUUUGCAAUUAAAGGUACCAUUUUGUAGCAGGCCUAAAGAGUUCUCUUUUUUCUUUAGUUGAGAUUUAUUAAAAAUAUAAUUGGGCCUUUUAACUGACCACAGAACUUUUAUUAUCAGCACAGUUCUACAAAUAGAGAUCUCAGAGACAUUUGGGGAUUUUCACACAGAUGUGUACCAUGCACAAAUAAGAAUGAAACACUUUUCCUUUUUAUCUAUGCCAACUGUGCUUUCUUGCACAAGGUGAAACAGGAGCAGGGUUACAGAGCUGUCAGAACAGAAGGACCUGCAGAAAGAACACUAUGCCAGUAAAAGACAAUUUUAAAGGAACAAAGCUUUUUCUGUCAAGUCUUACAUUAUUGAGGACAUGGUCCAUAAUGCCUCUGUUAAAAGAGCAUGAAUAUGUAGAGCCUUGGGGUUCACAUUAAAGGACAAAAUGUGCUGGAAAGCAAUGAGUGGUUUCAAACUAAAGUGUUGUUUACUACUCCGAUGAAGAAGCAGAAGGAUAAAUCAUUUUAGUUAGUCUCCAGGAGAUAAUAUUUAGUUAGAGCUUAAUCCACAAAACUGCAGUUCUACCACUCAAAAUGUGGACAAGAUCACUAACUGGAAAGGCAGCGCUCAAGUUAUUAAGCAGGAAUAAUAGUAUUUCUUUCUUGGGUAUUAUUAUAACAACUUCUUCACACAUGGAAAUGAGAUUUCCUUAAGCUUGUAGCGAAGUGAUCUGUUUGCACUGCUAUAUAACAUGCUUCAUUUCCAUUGCUGAAACUGUCAUUAGUUAGAUAGAAGACAAAGUAACAGCAAACAUGAACUUCAUCUUCCCAAAGGGGAGGUCUCCAAGCAUCUGCCGCUUGGAACAUUACCUGUCAGACCAAGAAGGGAAGGAAGAGCUAACAAAGCUUCUGUAACUUUCUUACAAACUCAGCAACAUCUUCCAGAAGUCCAACUCCCAACAAUACCAAAGUCAAUGGAAGUGUGAACAAGAUGGAGCAAAGUAACAACAGCUAUUUUCAUAAAAGAUGCUCAGCUCAGAAACAUUUAAACCAAUGUCAUUCUACCAAAAGUCUUAGCAUCCUGAUAACUAGACAGAUAAAUUACUUACGAGCACACUGUUUGACUAUUAUAUCAACUGUAUGACUUUAACUUGCACUACCCUGUUGCAUCUUUUGAGCUGUGAAGUGUACAGAAGAUUUUAGCAUUCUGGCUUCAGCCAGCCUGUAAGCUGACCUGAUACCAUGUUUGAGAAGCAAAGUGGAAAACUGAAGUGUUGACUUUUGGGGGUUUCCAUGAAGUUUUAGCAUUUCAGAACAGGUGAAACAGUAUUGUUUUAUUUUUGUUUAGGAGCAGUGUCUUUCCCUGAAGAGUUCCACCGAGUAUCCUACAACCCAAACAUUAAAAAGUGUAAGCAUAAAUGUCAAGGGCUUUGUGAUCUCUUCAUCAUUUCAAAUGAUACAGAAUGAGUUAAUCCAAUUGAAUGUGUGCAAGUUAUCUUAGUAAUGGCCAAGAGAUUGGGAAAAAGAAAUGUUAACAUAUGCAUGCUGACAGAAAAAAAAUGGUAACAAAAUAAAAUGAUGAGCUAUAACACAACAAACAAGCUAUACUUAUGGUUUAUUUCACAAACUGGAGCUAAUGCCAUACUAUUGAAAAAGAAAGAAAAUUUAUAUAAGGAUUAUCAGAAA